AGAGAGAGAGAGAGAAAUAUGAACUGUGAACUGUAAGCAUAAGAACAGAAUGUAGUUGAACGCGGAAGAGUUUUCAGCAGAAAGAUUUGAUGAGAACAGAAGAUCAGAGCUAGAAGACUUCAUCAGAAUGGAAACCCCUGACAUGUCCUCACUGAUGCUCUCUCGGCCUGAGCUGAUCGAUUUUGAGGGCAUUUCUAUGAUCAAUUUAUUUACUGACAACUGGGAAAAUGUGAAGAACUUCCAAGCGAGACCAGAUGACAUCCUAAUCGCCACUUACCCUAAAGCAGGUACCACCUGGCUUUCUUAUAUAUUGGACCUUCUGUAUUUUGGUAAUGAUGCUUCAGAUCACCGGAAUACAAAGCCAAUUUACAUGAGGGUGCCAUUCCUGGAGUCAUGCUUUCAAGUUAUUCCAACAGGGACAGAACUUGCUAAUAAUCUGAAAACUUCUCCUCGCCUCAUCAAAACUCAUCUACCUGUUCAGCUGGUGCCUAAGUCUUUCUGGGAACAGAACUCUAGGGUUGUGUAUGUAGCUCGUAAUGCGAAGGACAAUGCAGUUUCCUAUUUUCAUUUUGACCGAAUGAACAUGGUACAGCCUGAACCGGGUGAUUGGAACCAGUUCUUACAGAAGUUUAUGGAAGGAAAAAAUGUGUUUGGUCCAUGGUAUGACCAUGUCAGCGGAUGGUGGGAGAAGAAACAGACAUAUUCUAACUUACUGUACUUGUUCUAUGAGGAUUUGGUUGAAGACACAGGACGUGAGGUGGAACGUUUGUGCUCUUUCCUGGGAUUAUCAACUUCGGCUGAGGAGAGACAGAAAAUAACAAAAGGAGUUCAUUUUGAUGUCAUGAAAAACAACAAGAUGACCAAUUAUUCUACAAUCCCAGUCAUGGACUUCAAGAUCUCACCCUUCAUGAGGAAAGGUAAAGUUGGAGACUGGAAAACUCACUUUACUGUGGCACAAAAUGAAGAGUUUGAUGAGGUCUACAAACAAAAGAUGAAGAACACCAAUGUCAAGUUUAGGACAAAACUUUAAUGCUUGCUGAACUUUAGCUCAACAAUAUUCACUGAAUUUGGCUCAUUUGUCUGACUAAAGGCAAAUUUUGACUCUGUUUGACCUACAGAAUAUUUUAUAUUAAAACACAAAUAUACAGUAUACCAAAGAGAGCAAAUAAGCCAUAUAUUUGUAGGACAGGUGUCCAGAAGAUCAGCAUUGGGUUUGCUUGUGGAGAUACCUAUAAAGGACUCAAUCUCUCGGUCUUCCUCUCCCAAAUUCCAGUUCACUGAAGGUCUACUGAAUCUAUCUAAUGUGACAUUGUAUGUUGUGAUGCUACUAAGGUUUCAUCUACAUGUUUGGUGUUAUUUUAAAGGCCAUGGUGCGAUGGUUAAAAAGGUCUAAUUUCUAUAAUUCUUAGAGAAAGUAUAUCACAGUUUAGAAUUUAAGACAUAAUCUCUACUAUGGCUGGGUAUCGAUUCAGGUUUUCCAGAUCGAUUCGAUUUCGAUUCAAGCUAUCAAAUCGAUUCGAUUCUUGAUUCAAUUUUCGGUUCCGGUUCUUGGGCCGGUUUUUAUACUCGAUUCUCGAUUCAAUUCGAUGAAUAUAGAUUUAAUACAAAUACUAUAUUAAUAAAAAAAACAGUGAACAGCAGGUUACAAGUGGGUAAUUAAUAAAAUCGAUGAAGCACCUGAAACUGCCAUAUUAAGCACUGAAUGAAUGAAUGACAGGUUCGCCUCUCUCUCCUUGAUAACAUCAUGCAAGGCACAAAAUAGGGUGACAUAUAGUGAAGAAGACUAGUAAUUCGAUUAACGUUAAUCUUUCGUUCAAUGUUUGCAGAAAUAAAUAUGAAAGGGGAAAAAAAUCGAUUCUGCUCUUUGAGAAUCGAUUCUGAAUCGACCAGGUUUAAAAAAAAAAAACGAUUAAUUGAAAAAUCUGUACUAAUCCUAGGGGUGUCUCCUCCUGAGGAGAUCUAGAUUACAGAUGGUUAACAGUCCCAUUUGGUGCUCCUUCAGGUCACAAGAACCUGACCUGAUUUGGGACUUUUAUGAUUUUUUUGUCUCAUCUGUGUAGAUGGCUUGGCAAGAGACUGAGAAUCUUCCCACACAACAGUGUGUAUUAAAACAUCAAUGGGGAUUCUGUAUUCAGAAUCUUCCUGGACUCUCUGUGUAUUCAAACAUAAGGGAAGCAUGGUUAAAACAUUAUAGAAGUCCUCAGUAGCUAGAGUGUCUAUUGUAUUGUUUAAUUGAUGUUUUAAACUGGAACCUGCCUGGUAUAAUAAAUUAUUACAUUUGG